UACGUGGUAACAGGUAUGGUCAAUGAGGGUUCUUAUGCUGCCAUCGGUGCAGAUAUAAACGUACGCAAUUCAACAACGGAAACUGCCGAGAGCUAUUACGUGAACGCACGCCCAUCUCGAGAGGUAUCACAGAGACAGAAUGGUGGAGUUGAGAAUCAAAAUAUAUUGUCAUUUGAUCAUCGCGAAAGCUGCCCAGAAACAGCAUCAACAAAAGCAGAGACAACAGGAGCGGCAAGGGCAGGAGGAGAAGCACCUGUAACAGCUAGAGCUGCAGCAGCACCAGUAGAAGCAUCAGCAACAGCUUCCCAGUCGGCCAUCGGGCAGUACUCUUUGAUCAGGUACGGACUUGCUGAAGACAUGGAAGAGUGUGCGUACGACAAUCACAUUCUUCGCCGACCACCCAGUCCAAGGUUUGGACAGACUGCAUCGCCAUCCCCGUACGAAGAUCGCUAUGACAACCAUCAGCUGUUGCUCAUCACGGGUUUUGGUCCGACUGGCGUCAACGUAUCACCUCGUGCAAGCCGUGUGGAUGAGGGUCUGUAUGACAACGAGGUCAUUCGUAGUCAGGUAGCUAUAGAAACGGAACCAGCAUCAACAACAGCAGACACAACGGAAGCAACAAAGGCAGCAGCAGAAGCACCUGCAACAGCAACAGCAGAAGCACCGGGAGCAGCGGGAGCUGAGAUAGCUCCAGUAACAGCUGCAACUGGAGCAGUAGCAGCUGCUACAACUUCCCAGUCGGCCAUCGGGCAGUACUCUUUGAUCACGUACGGACUUGCUGAAGACAUGGCAGAGUGUGCGUACGACAAUCACAUUCGUCGCGGACCACCCAGUCCAAGGUUUGGACAGACUGCAUCGCCAUCCCCGUACGAAGAUCGCUAUGACAACCAUCAGCUGUUGCUCCCCAAGGGUUUUGGUGCGACUGGCAUCAACGUAUCACCACGUGCAAGCCGUGUGGAUGAGGGUCUCUAUGACAACGAGGUCAUUCGUAGCCAGAUUGUCAACAAGGACGACCAUGCACAUUACAAUACACUCAGGGAGGUAUUGGAUACCCCGGAAGAGGAGCCAGAGCAGCCAUACGAUGUACUGAGAGGCCCAGUGUCUCCUCAACAUCUAACAGAGGGACAUGAUACACUCCCAACUGGUGACCAAGGUGGAAACGAUGAGGGCCUUUAUGACGUUCCUCGUUGAGCAAAGCCGUCACCCUGGAUAGACGAUCAUGCGACGUGUAUCCGCUAGGGGUGUGCGGAUAAUGCUCGAAAAGCAGUAAAAUUGGCAGAACCAUACAAACCUUAUGGCGGGCAAAUCCUCGAAUUCUGCUCCAUUUCUUUAUCCACAUACCAAACAUGCAUGAAACUUACCAGAAAAAGUACCGAAUUCUGCCAAUUUAUCUGCCGGCAUUAUCCGCAUAUGCCUAGUAUCCGCUCUCUUUUUCAACUACUUUGCCGGUUUACACCAUUCUCUUUAUCUCGUAGUAGCCUUGCUAAAGCGUUCUCGGACAUACAUGUAUCUAACACACACAGACUGUGAAUUUUUUUCUCGUAUUUAGCCAAGAUUUUGAUACAAAAGGCAUUGUGCUUCCAAUGUUCUACAUGCAUCCCCGAGACCAUUAAUUUUGCUCUAAUGCCCGAAUUCCCACGCUUCCUGCGACAUGUUUCAAUAUUCACGGCAGUCAUGGUACGCCGCAUACUCUCUCUCUCUCUCUCUCUCUCUCUCUCCCUCACUCUCUCUCUCUCUCCCUCACUCUCUCUCUCUCUCUCUCUCUCUCUCUCUCUCCAUCACUCUCUCUCUCUCCCUCUCUCUCUCUCUCUCUCUCUCUCUCUCUCUCUCUCAUUCCCUCUGUCGUCCACAUGUAUCAAAGGAGACGAAACCGCCGUUUGUGUUGCAACGUUAAAUAAACUUCUACAACAACAGCAACCUUCCCCUCUUUCAUAAUAAUAAUUGAUGUUACCGUCUGCUUUAACUCAGCCGAAGUGCUCGGGAUUUCAUAAGGAAAAUACUGAGUCCAAUUGGUUGUCCAAGUUGCCGAAUAAGUAUCUCCACCUUGUCAGGCUGAAAUAGUGUUCAUUGCCACAUUGAUUAUGCGUUGAAUCCAUUCUGUUCGUUUGGGAACACAUGUGUCUGAAAUACAUUAUACAUACAUGUGUA